AUGGGGUGCUGCCCAGGAGGGGAUUGCUUCACCUGCUGCCCUCAAGACCAAGACUGCUGUGAAAUGUGCUGCUGCCAACCCGCCUGCUGCGGCUGCUGCGGGUCCUGCUGCGGCUGCGGAGGCUCGGGCUGCGGAGGCUCGGGCUGCGGGGGCAGCUGCUGCGGGUCUUCCUGUUGUGGAUCUGGUUGCGGGGGCGGAUCCGGCUGCGGGGGCGGUGGAUCUGGCUGCGGGGGCGGCUGCUGUGGGGGCUGCUGCGGAUCCAGUUGCUGUGGCUCCAACGGGUGCUGCGGCCCUGUUUGCUGCCAGCCCUCGCCUGUCUGCGACUCCAAAUGAAGAGCUUGCCCCUCCACUGAGGCAGUCACAGGGGAAGCCUCCAUCUGCUCCAGGGGGAGACCCCUGGUCUCCAGGACCUGCCGCACCCCCGAAGACAGUGUCCUGCCUCCCGUGUUAUUUGUAGAGGAGGGUUGCUCUCCAACGCCUGCCUGCCCUGGAGUUUCAAGGCCUUGAGAACGAGAGCCAUGUGCUGGUGAGGAAUUAAAACUGGGUGCUACCCAAAGUGAUCCCGGAAACUCAAACGGUGAUUCCAUGGCUUGAUUUUCACGAAGUUAAAUGUCUUGGCACUACAAGGCAUUCUCUUAUUCAAGAUGUCUUUGGGACUGACCCCUCUUCCUCAGUUUUCUGCUGAUUUGAGAUGCAAAAAUUCCUCUUUGUUAAUUUCUUAAUAAAUUCGAGCAUGCUGGCAUAACCACAUUAGUUCUGUGGCCUCUUCCUUUGCCCCCUCUUGGGCACUGGGCCAGGAAAACUGCCAUCUGCCAUCCAGGAUAGGGGUUUUGAAAUGUAGUUUGUGGAUAGCUGCAUCAGAAUCAUAUGAGGGUGGUUAAAAUUGGGAUCCU